AUGGGUAGCUUGUUGGACUGGUUGGCUCAUUUUCCUCCUUUACUAUGGGGUUUGGAACACGUAGAAGAAAUUGUGAUUCGUGCGCUUCAACAUGGGAAAGUUCCUCAACACGUUGCAUUUGUCAUGGAUGGAAAUCGCCGGUGGGCUCGCGAGCACCGUGUAGAAACGAUUGAAGGUCAUAGCUUAGGCUUUGAGGCUUUGAAGAAUCUUCUUCGAGUCUGCCUUAAGAUGGGCGUAAAGGAAGUAUCGGCAUUUGCCUUUUCUAUAGAAAACUUUAAGCGUUCAAAACACGAAGUUGAUACACUCAUGGAUAUUGCCAAAAACAGUCUCACUCAAAUUACCGCUCAUGGAGAUAUGGUCGAUCAAUAUGGCAUUCGAAUUCGUAUUGUUGGUGAUCUUGCCCGUUUGAAACCGGACGUUUAUGAAACUGUCGUCAACGUCGUUGAAUCAACAAAGAAUAAUACCAGAGCUACUUUAAACGUUUGCUUUCCAUAUACGUCGCGUCACGAAAUAUCCAACUCUGUGCAAAGCAUUGUUCACUUAGCCGAGGAUGAAAAAAUUGUGCCAGAAGAUAUUGAUGAAGCAUUGUUUGAAAAGAAUCUUCUUUUGAACGACAGUCUUCCUCUCGAUUGGUUAAUUCGUACCAGUGGUGUUGAACGUCUAUCGGACUUUUUAAUGUGGCAGGUCCAUGAGGAUUCCCAAAUCAGCUUUAUAGACAAUUAUUGGCCCGAUUUUUCUAUUUGGCGUUUCUUUCCAAUGCUCAUCCGUUUUCAACUUGAAAGUCAACAGGAUGCAUAA